AUGAGUUCAGAGCUCGCUUGAGAGAAGCUAACGGUGUGGGAUUAAACAGCAACAUUUAUACCCGUACUCGUAGCGAGUUGCAUCCAUUUUUCUUGAGGUUGUCCAUUUUGCUUUAUACGACGCGUAGCAAAGGAGAGCAAUGUCGCUGACAUCAGCUAAUUAUCUGCAAAAGACGAGGCUACAUGCACAUUUAAAGGUGUGACGAUACCGGCCAUCAUACAGGAACCCAGCUACAAGGCUGUUGGUGUGAUCACUUGUAGAUGUUUGUGUGGCGUUGAAGCUGAGGAUUAAAACGUGAUGCCAAGAUGCUGCUGUCUCUGGGAAUGUUAAUGUUGUCUGCCACCCAGAUUUACACCAUCUUCACCGUUCAGCUCUUUGCCUUCCUCAACCUGCUUCCUGUGGAGGCUGACAUCUCUGCUUACUCAUUUGACAACAAAACUGAAACGUUUGAUGAUAUGCCUGCUCGAUUUGGCUACCGGCUCCCUAGUGAUGGAUUAAAGGGAUUCCUGAUUGGAUCUCGACCAGAAAAUGCGUGCGAGCCCAUCGAACCCCCUCCCAGAGACAACUUGACGGGCGCCUUUUUCGUCCUCAUCAAACGGUUUGACUGCAACUUUGACAUGAAGGUCCUCAAUGCCCAGAAAGCGGGCUACAAGGCUGCCAUUGUUCACAACGUGGACUCUGAGGAAUUAAUCAGCAUGGGAUCCAAUGAUUUGGAUGUAGUGAAGCAGAUUGUUAUACCCUCUGUGUUUGUGAGCGAGGAGACGGCCAACACGCUGAAAGAUGACUUCUUGUAUGAUAAGGGGGGACACUUGGUCCUCAUCCCAGACUUCAGCCUGCCUCUGGAGUACUACCUGAUCCCCUUUCUCAUCAUAGUGGGAAUCUGUCUCAUCCUCAUCGUUGUUUUCAUGAUCACCAAGUUUGUUCAAGAUCGACGCAGAGCCCGGAGGAGCCGCCUGCGCAAAGAUCAGCUGAAGAAACUUCCCAUUCAUAAGUACAAGAAAGGGGAUAACUAUGAUGUCUGCGCCAUUUGCCUGGAUGAAUAUGAAGAGGGAGAUAAACUCAGAGUCCUGCCAUGUUCUCAUGCUUACCACAGCAAGUGUGUGGACCCCUGGCUAACCAAAACUAAAAAGACGUGCCCGGUGUGCAAGCAGAAGGUGGUCCCCUCGCAGGGCGACUCCGACUCGGACUCAGAGGAGGGGGAAAGCAGCCCCGAGGAGAACGAGGAAGUGUCUGAGAGCACGCCGCUGCUCCGCUCCCUGGCGUCCACCAGCGCUCACACCUUCGGCACCAUAUCAGGAGCGUCACACUCCGAACGGGACCAGGACUCCUCGGAGUACGAGGAUGACGAGCUGGACACCAGCGACAGCGAGGAGGAGGUUACCGUGGAGACCGUGGUGGUGCAGAUGCAGCAGCCGUGCUCCGAGGACCACGGGCAGGAUUUGCCCCGAGCUUGAUGGACCUGUUGGCUGCACAUGUCACCGACUGGACUAAUAAUGGAGCUCUACUGCACUCUACUCAUAAAAUUACACAAGUGGAAAAGUAAGGUUCUAAACACAAAGCUUUACAAAGUUCAGUAGAAGCGCCAUCUGUUUAUGAAGUACGAAUCAGAAUAAGUGACUCUUAACCUUUGAUUAUCUCCUGCCCUACAAGAAUAUAUGCUGUAGAUAUGUUCACGCACCAUGGACUCAGCUGAAGGCCUUUGCAGCACCAGCUUGGUGAAACUGAACAGUCUGAGUGCAGCAGCAGUUAAAUCACAGCAACGUUGUCACCAGUUUAUUUCUAACCUGAUGUUUGAAGGAGCUGCAGACUUUUGUGCCACAGUUCAUCUGUUACAAUAAUGGACGUCCGAGUGAGUCAGAGGAAAAGGAGCGUGCUCUUCCUGUCACAUGAAGUGAGGGUUACGCUAAACUUUUGUUUCAUUUAACAGUUACUGGAAGGAUUACCACCGUAACAGAUGCUUAAAUCAUCUCAUUUUAUUACGAUUUUUUAGAUCUAGUUUUUUUGUUUCUUCAGAUAAAUGUUUGUUGACAAAUCCUGUUGCCUUAGUUUUUUUUUUUAACUGUCUUUUUGCUCUCAGAUUAAAUCAAAAUGGAAAAAUCCCUGAGAAACUCUUUUGCCUAAAACUUGACAAACAUCCCGUUACCCCAUCGACCAUUUCCAGUUUUCUUGUCUGCAUAUAUUAUUCACUGGUGCACAUCACGUCUCAUUAACUAACUGCAAGUUAAACCACUGACAAGUCCCUUCAUGCCGAUUUGUUUCAUGUUUGUAUAGAAUUGUAAUUCUGAGACGGUCUUGCAGUUACGUGUUCAAACUGCAAGGUAUUGUUUAUGUUGAUUUGUUUAUUGUUGUCCGCUGCCUCUUUACUUUCU